UCGAAGAAUGACGAAAUAUUAAAAUUAAGGAGAGAAAAUGAGGAAUUCAGGAAGAUGUUGGAGCGGGAGUGCUCGAGCAGCGAGAGUCUGGUGGACCGACUGCUGCGGGAGAAUGAAGAGCUCAGGCGUAAGGUGAAUGCUACAAGAGAUCCGUUGGAGAAUGGGAUGAGCGUGCUAAUGAAGGAGAUGCAAGAACUCUGGGCUGGCAGGGAGAAGGAUAAGGAGCUUCUUGUGGGACUGAAGACGGAGGUUGGACUAUUACGUAAGGAGAAAGAGCAAUCGGUAGAAGAGACUCAGACGUGGAUGAACGAAGCCUUAAGGCCCGGGAACAAGAGGGGUUGUAUAUCCAUGACGACGCCGGAAAUCGAUAAUAGUAUCCAUUCCAUGAAGUUGAAGGACAUGGAGCAAUGUACGUUGCGGGGAGUUGAGGUGUUAAAGCAGAGAAAGACUGCUGAGGAACGUAAACGGAUGGAGGCGGAGUCGGAAAAGUUGGUCGCGGAAGCCGAAGUGGCGAAGCUAAGGGAGCAAAUUGACAAACUGACGGCGGAGGUCGUGGCCGCACCAACAGGAGGUAUGAAUCUCAAAUCGAGAUCGGAAGCGGCAACUGAGGCUGGUGGUAGCGAAGAAGACUGGAAGAAGAGGUAGACCACGAUUAACAUCCGGGCGUAUGGGCAACGAUGAUGGGUCGGCUAUUGAUGCCAAUGACCGUUUCACAUUUUUGCAGAUUGAAAGGAAAUGAUUACAGGCUUUGAAGAAGGCAGGGCUCGAGAUCUUCUGUAAUCAAGAAGGUAUCGCCUACAAGACUGUCGAGACAACGGCGGAUGAGAUUGUCGAGAUAAGGGCCGAUGCACGUUUCGGUAAGAAGGAUAAAGAAACGACGAUGAAGACGACUCGACAUGGUGGGGGGGGAGGGGGAUCUGUACCCUCUAGCUUAGGCGAAACAAAAAUCAGUACAAAGG